AUGAAGGCGUUAAUACUUAUCGGAGGCUAUGGUACUAGAUUACGUCCGCUGACACUUAGUAUCCCGAAGCCACUUGUUGAGUUUGCAAAUAAACCAAUGUUGCUACACCAGAUAAAAGCUUUGCUUGAAGUUGACAUUGAUGAAAUUAUUCUUGCAAUCAACCGGCAGGCUGAGUCUUUAGAAUCAAGUAUAAGAGAGCAUUGUAAUUCAGUUAUUCAAAACAGAAAUGUAAAGUUGAUUUUUUCAUAUGAAGACGAAGCUCUGGAUACUGGAGGUCCACUUGCACAAGCAGCUCCUUAUUUGACAGGAGACAGGUUCUUUGUAUUGAACAGUGACAUUAUUUGCAAUUAUCCUUUCAAGAAAAUGAUUGAGUUUCAUUUAUCUCAUGGUCACGAGGGCACUAUGACAGUUACAAAAGUUGAAGAGCCAUCAAAAUAUGGCGCUGUCGUACAUAAUGACCAAACUGGUCUUGUGAAGCGAUUUGUUGAAAAGCCAUCGGAAUAUAUAGCUAACCGAGUCAAUGCUGGUCUUUACAUUUUUGAACCCAGCAUCCUGAAGCGUAUUGAGGCGAAACCGAUGUCCAUUGAGACCGCUGUAUUUCCUGCUAUGGUGCGAGAUUCUGAACUCUAUUGCAUUGAGUUCUCAGGAUUCUGGAUGGAUAUUGGUCAACCUGCGGAUUAUUUAACUGGCAUGCGGCUAUAUUUGGGUCAUUUAUAUGAAUGCAAAUCAUCUUUGUUAACGGUCGAUCCUAAACUAAUUGGGAAUGUUCUUGUUCAUGAAACUGCAAAAAUUGGUCAAGGUUGUCGCAUUGGUCCCAAUGUAACGAUUGGAGCGGAUGUCAUUAUUCAAGAUGGUGUACGAAUUAGUAAUUCUGCUAUAUUUUCAAAGUCAGUUAUUAAAUCUCAUGCAUGGGUAAACAACUGUAUUGUUGGAUGGCGAUCAGUUGUUGGAAAAUGGGUGAGAAUGGAAAAUGUUACAGUUCUAGGGGAAGAUGUAACUGUAAAAGAUGAAUUAUUCCUUAAUGGAGCGCUAGUUCUUCCACAUAAUUCAAUAUCACACUCUGUGCCGGAACCUCAUAUCAUUAUGUAA